CCUCGUGAUGCUUUGCGCGCGGCCGGAUGUACGUCAUCGGAACCUUCAGCUGUCAGACUUUGGCCACCCUGCAGGUUUUGUUAGCAAACUAACGCGAACUCUGCGACUUUAUUUAAAGUUGUGCAUUCGUCUGCUAACCGAUUUUGGAGCGUAAAAGCUGGCGUUUGAAGCGCAAAGCUUGCACGAAGACGAGGCGACUCGUUUUUAAUCGCUGCUAGCUCUUGCAACACAAGCCAGCGAUAUACUGAGCGGGUGUAAGAGUAGAUGCAGGGAGGGAGGGAGUAAAAAAAAAAAAAGGCAAAAGUCUUUGUGCUUCCCUUCCCCCUCAUCAAAGCGAAGGGGAAAUGUCUCUGUCCAAAGGAGGGAAGAAGAAAAGCCCUGGGCUGAAGCUGGCCAAAGAAGUUUUUGCAACGCCACCACCAGCAGCAACAGCGCCCCCUCGAGAUCUUGACUCUAAAGCUUGUGUCACAAUUGGAGAUCAGAACUUUGUGGUGAAGGCAGAUGACUUGGAGCAGAUUGAAGAGCUGGGGAGGGGAGCAUAUGGUGUGGUGGACAAGAUGAAACAUGUGCCCAGCGGUGUUAUCAUGGCUGUCAAGAGGAUCCGUGCCACAGUCAACACUCUGGAGCAGAAGAGGCUGCUGAUGGACCUGGACAUUUCCAUGAGGACCGUGGACUGUUUCUUCACUGUGACUUUCUAUGGCGCCCUGUUCAGAGAGGGUGAUGUUUGGAUCUGCAUGGAACUGAUGGACACAUCUUUGGAUAAGUUCUAUAAGAAAGUUAUUGAGAAGGGCAGAACCAUUCCCGAGGACAUCUUGGGCAAGAUCACGGUAGCGAUUGUAAAGGCAUUAGAACAUCUGCACAGUAACCUGUCAGUGAUACACAGAGAUGUAAAGCCCUCCAAUGUUUUGAUCAAUACCUUGGGCCAAGUGAAGAUGUGCGACUUUGGCAUUAGUGGCCACCUGGUGGAUUCGGUGGCUAAAACGAUGGAUGCAGGCUGCAAGCCCUACAUGGCGCCUGAGCGGAUCAACCCUGACCUCAACCAGAAAGGCUACAGUGUCAAGUCGGACAUAUGGAGCCUCGGUAUCACAAUGAUUGAGCUGGCCAUUUUGAAAUUUCCCUACGACUCAUGGGGAACUCCUUUCCAGCAGCUCAAACAGGUGGUGGAUGAACCUUCUCCACAGUUGCCCGCUGACCGUUUCUCCCCAGACUUUGUAGAUUUCAUCUCUCAGUGCUUAAGAAAGAAGCCCAGUGAACGACCGGCAUAUACAGAAUUGAUGAAACAUCCAUUUUUCACCCUGCAUGACUCCAAAGAGACAGACGUGGCCAGUUUCGUCAAGGUCAUCCUGGAUGACUGAUGGGGUCACUCCAGGCUCCGCCUCAUCGGGGGUAGGCGGGACCUCUCAGCAAACGAACCUAUGGCCUACCUUUUUGUGAAAACUCACUGGAAUGACAGAGACUCAUGCACCCACACACAACAAAGGGGGUGACCCAAAGACUGACAGCAGCCCAUCAGCACUGGAGUUGGAGAGGGGUGGUGAUAUGAACUCGUGCGGUCAACUGGAGAGGUUUUAAUUCACUCUUCCCAAGCUUCCUGUGUGAGCAGUUAUGCAGUACGACAAAAUAUGAACUCACCCCAAUUUGUUGUUUUUAUCUUGUUCAGCCCCCCCCCCCAAAAAAUCCUUAUUUUAACUCUCUCUUCAAAGCAGACAGAGCCAGCCUUUAUUUGUUUGUGACACAUAUUUUAUGCAUACUUUCAAUUAUAUCUGCAAAACCAUCAGUUAAUGUGUAUGUUGUUCUUGUACUGAAAGCUAUAUUUGCAUAUCCGUUUAUAUCCGUUUCAAUACUGUAGCUCAUCGAAAAGUGUGAAUUUUACCACACCAGGGCCUUACUGGUCAGCUCAGAUCAGGUCUGACCUGGUUGCUGCCCAUGUGUGAUUGGUCAGUGCAGGGGCUCCAGUUGUCGCGGGCCAGGCUGUGUGGGAGGCUCCGGAGCUGAGACAAAACGCAAGAAAUGUCAAAGGUCAUAUUCUGGAUAGGUGGAGUUGCACAGAUCUGAUCCACGCAGUGAGCCUUCCCCACAUUGUGUUUUUUGGGUAUUACAGAGUUGGCUCCUGUGCUGCCAUUGUUACUGCCUGGUGGUGUUCAGGGGUUUGCCUAAUCAAGCUCACAGCUUCGUCUUCUAUGUGCCAUUUUGCAAAUCGUUCUCAUGACUUACUGCAUUAAAUAAUUUGUGUUUUUUUUUGCAUUUGUUCUUUCCUGUGUUUUGUUUUGUUUUGUUCUUUAUUUUUUUUUUCUUUUUUUUUUCCAACCACCCUUUUAACCCCACCCCCUCCUCCUCCCAGUUCCUUCUUAUCUUAUUGAUUCUGGUUGUUUUUGUUUUAGAGAUCUUUUCAUGCCUUACACAGGCAGUAUGUUAGGGAAAUAAUUUAUGUGUGGAAGAUGUAAAUAUCUUUGUUUUUUUUGUUUUUCUUUUUAAAUGUAAGAUGACACUGUCCCAACCUGUCCCGGUGUAGAUGAAUGGUAGAGUGGUUGGAUUAGUUAGUUUUAAUGCAGUGUGACACGCAUGCACACAAAACUCACAGGGCAAGCUCUGACUGGGCCAGGACUGAUGUGUUCCACCGCUCAGGUUUCUGCGCUUUCCUAUCAGUACUCAAAGAUGACACCCCCCCCCCCCCCCCCCCCCCCUUUUUUUUCCCCCUCCCCUCCCUGGUCAUCUUCGUGAGUACUGGACCAAGAUCCUAAUUAAAGUCCAUGGCGGGCAGCCAUCAUUGCUUCUGUCAGACCAUGCUAUGCAGAGCUCCAUGUGCAUACAGCAAGAGGCCCUUGUCAUGUGGCAGUUUCCCCACUCCCAAGUGUUAAGAGACUGAGAUGGUGGUGAUAACUGCCGGGCCUCAGUUCAUGGCUAGAACCUGCUGCCCCUCUGGUUUACACUGUAGUGCUACCUUUUUAAGUCAGUGAAUUAGGAGUAUUUAUGAUUGUGAAUAAGGGAAAAGCUAGCAACACCACAAAGAAGCUGCUGUGGGGUUUUUUGUUUUUUGUUUUCUUUUUUUUUUUUCGGCCUUCUUUGCAUGGCCAUUCCCUUGGUGUGUAAAAGAGUUUUUACGCUGAUCACAAUGAGAAUGGAACACUUGCUCUACCUCUUACUCCUUCACUCUAUUUGCCACCUCUUCACUGGGUGGGAAAUGACAAACUUGAACUAUGGACAGACAAAAAAAUAAAUAAAUAAAUGCUUUAUUGUUCAGUAA